UUGCCAGGCAUUCAACGUGGGAUUCAAAUGUCACAUUGGGUGUGGUAGACCAUGUGCAAUCAAUUAUUGAAGAUGAAGUAGUAGAAAUUGAACCACCAGUAAAAGAUAUGUCAACCAUUGCAGAUUCUGUAAAGCAAUGUAUAGAUUACUGCCAUGAAAGGAACAUACAAGACCCAGUGGAGAUUUUAAGAGUUGCUCAAAAAUUUAUAGUAACAGGUCGCCAGCUAGAGGUUACAGAUCCAAGUGUAUGUUUAGAGGGAGAGACCAACUACAUUUUAGUCAACCGCCAAGAUGUCCUUAAAAGUGCUAUGGAGGAAAUAAAUCCGUUAGUGAAUCCAAGAUUGACACUAGAGGUAUCCUUUUACGGAGAGAUUGCCACUGACUACGGAGGACCAAGACGAGAGUUUUUCCGGUUGUGCUUGCACGAAAUUAAGGCUAAAUAUUUUGAAGGAGGUCUAAAAGAUCAUUUAUGUGAUGACUACAGUGUUAUUGGCUUAAUCAUGGCCUUGAGCAUUCUCCAAAAUGGUACGAUCCCAAGAUUUAUGUCACCUGAUGAUCUACAAGAUCUUUUGCACUCGGACAGUCCGUCCAAGUGCAUACAGAAUCUUCGCACAGGAUUUGCUAAACUUGGACUUUACGAGAUUGGAAAAGCAUUGCCUAGCUUCUUCAACCUUUUACACCAAUCUCCAGCAGUACUACUGUCAAGACGAAAGCUUAUUCAUAUCCUUGUCCCAAGUUUUUCAGAAGACGGAUCAAAUGCCCGUUAUGAUGAAAACCUCACAUAUCAGUGCUUCCUUAAAUAUUUGCAAGCUGCAGCAAGUGGCAUCAGGGGGUCGAUAACUCUGAACCACUUAUUACAAUUUGUAACUGGAACAGAUGAGGAGCCUCCACUUGGCUUUUGCUUGCCACCAAAAAUAACCUUUCCGUCCGUAGACGAUGCUAACCGCUGGUCGUUUAUUCCGUCUGCAAACACAUGCUCAAACACACUUCAUUUGCCGAGGUGCGUCUCUGGCAGGUUCCCUCUUCCGCAAGAGAAUGCAUUAUUUGAUAUUUACGAUGUUGCCUUUGCAAAUGCAUACUUUGGUAAAGCUUAGUGCUUGGAAAAAGACAUUGGACAUUCUACUUUACAAAUUGUUUUGUUAUACAGUAUACAAAAUUUCUUGUUUAUGUUAUGAUUACAUGACGUUCUGUUAGUGAUGUGCUUAUUACGCCAUCUUAAUCUUUCUGCAUAAAAAUGCUAUGGACUUUCAUAUAAAUAGAUAAAAAUAAGUCAGAAAAGUCGGUAGAGGACAAAAGUAAAAAAAUAGCGUCUUAAAUUAUGUUAAAGUAAGUUAUAAUGUAAGAACGAACAUUGCAGAAA